CAAUAAGAAUUUGUUUUUCUCUUCAUGAAAACCUCUUUUCCUUCUUCUCCAUCUCUUGCGGAUCUGGUGAGGCGCGUCCUCCAUCUUCAUCACCACAAGGAUUCUCCUCAGCCCCCACUGGGGCCUCUGUUGUUGUGGCUGUAGAUGGGGAUGAGGUGACAUCUUUGUUGCUGGAGACACUAGGUUCAUCCUCCUGAGGGAAAUGUCUCUAUGAAUCCUUUAUAAAGAGUUAAUAUGGCCUCUGGUGUCUUCCCGGAGUCUCCUCACCCAGUGAGGCACAAGCCGCAUUUUCCUCUAUCCCAGAGUGUAAGUUGUGAGGUAAAGUCUUACUUGUCUGUCCUCUUCCUGUUCACAUGGUUGAAGGACCUGUGAGGUCAUGUGACGCUCAGGAAGGUCCUUAACCCAUGUGUUGUAUGGAGGUGAAGGGGAGAUUGUUUAGCACAGGUGACAGAUUCCUCCCUGUGUCUGUAGGACAUGGUCCCCUUAACUACGCCCCUGAUAUGUGGAGGAUGGUGGUGGCAGCAACGGGCCCCUUAUAUUUUUAAACUUGCCCGGGCCCCUGAUGGCAGCACUGCCUGUGAGGUUCCUAAGAUUCAAGCAGAAGAAAGUGUGAAAGUGGCCCUGGAGGUUGGAUACCGUCACAUUGACUGUGCAUCUAUUUACGGCAAUGAGGUUGAAGUUGGCCGCGCCAUCAGGGCAAAGAUUGCAGAUGACUCCCUGAAGAGAGAAGACGUCUUCUAUACCAGCAAGCUGUGGCUGACCGACCAAAGUCCAGAGCGGGUACGUCCUUCCCUGGAGAAAUCGCUGAGAGAUCUACAAUUGAGCUACAUUGAUCUGUUCCUGAUCCACAACCCUAUGGAACUCAAGCCAGGUGAAGAACGUUACCCGACCUAUGAAAACGGCAAAAUGAUUUACCACAACACCGACAUCCGGGACACGUGGAAGGCGAUGGAGGAGUGCGUAGAUUCUGGCCUGGUCAAAUCACUUGGGGUUUCGAGCUUUAACCGGCGGCAGCUGGAAGUGAUCCUGAACAUGGAAGGAUUGAAGUAUAAGCCGGUCUGUAACCAGGUGGAAUGUCACAUCUACCUCAAUCAGAGAAAAUUGCUGGAGUUCUGCAAAUCACAUGACAUCGUAUUGGUGGCAUUUAGUGUUUUGGGGUCCAGUCGAGAUGCCGGAUGGAUAGAUCAGAACAGUCCUUAUGUCCUUCAAGACCCAGUCUUGAUUGAAAUUGCUAAAAAAUAUGGACGGACGCCCGCUCAGGUGGCAUUGAGGCAUCUUCUGCAACGAGGGAUCGUGGUGCUUGCAAAAAGUUUCAUCCCAACAAGGAUAAAGGAGAAUUUUGAGGUUUUUGACUUUAAGCUAAGUGAGGAAGAUGUGGACGCUCUGAAUCAACUCGAUAGGAACAUGCGCUAUACAGAUGGACGCCUGUUACUGAAAAUCGACGACGUGUCCAUGUUGGUGAUUGACCUGUUGGUGCAGCUUUUCGGUUUUCUUCAUCCCCUGUUGGGAUGACGUCCCUCCGAUGCAAUCCCCGUUGGGAUAGAAUUGUUGGUGAGGUUCCAGAGUUGGAGUCGGGGAGUGCGGGCCGGCUGGCCGAAGACUCCAGUGGCGGUGCGGUGCUCCGGAUGGCUAUCGUGUUCCAGUGUUGCUGAGUUUGUCGCAUCAAGAAAGAGGAGGAUCAUCCUGAGGCAGUCCAUUAUAUAGGGGCCACCAGCCUAGGCGUGGCUUACAGCAUUGCUAGGACUGCUGGGAGUUGUAGUUUUUUGUUUGAAUUUUAUUAAAAGAAGUUAUA